GGGGUUUCAUUUAUCCUAUAUGUCUCCUUUAAGCAUUAUUUAAGCAUUAUGUUGUGAUUGCUGUAUAACCAUUAUUCCCUUUUUUAAAACCAUUUAGUGACAUUUGCAAAUCAGUAGGAUUAUUUUUUUAUAUUUCUAAAUGCUAUUGAAAUGAAUCUCUGUUAGCCAGCUAAUUUAAUUAUUUUGUGGCAUAACUGUAGUUAUUGCGUAAAGAAUAAUAAGUUCCUUAACUUAAUUCUACAUAUGACAAGAAAUAUAUGGUUCCUGUCCCGCUAUCUGCAGCUUACCUCUUUUCAGGCUUACAAAUUAUGUGUAACUUACCUUCAUCAACUGAAGCAGCACAACAUAUUGGUAUCUGUUGGAGAAGAUGAGGAAGGAAUCAAUCCACUGGUAAAGGUUUGGAACCUAGAAAAGCGAGAUGGUGGAAAGCCCACUUUGCACAAGGAUCUCUCCAGCCAUUCCUGGCAAUAAACCCACCGUGGUGUCAUGCAUGAGAACCUCAACUUCACGGCAAUUGUCAUAUAUGCUGACACAAAAGGAUUACCUGUAUACAGAACUGGAGUCCCAUGGCUGUUGCCUGAGCUGCUCUGCCCUGUCUGAUCCUUCUCAGGACUUGCAAUUUGUGGUGGCCAGUAAUGAAUGUGUGUAUUUAUAUCAGCCAGAUGAGAGGGGACCUUGCUUUACCUUUGAAGGGCAGAAGAUGAUUGUGCAUUGGUAUCGAGGAUAUCUCAUAAUUGUAUCAAGUGACAGAUUACCAUUUGCUGGACGUGCAGGGGAUAGCCAGUCAAUGGAUAGACAAACUCUGACUAUCUAUGACCUGAACAACAAGCUGAUUGCCUACAGUGGUGCUUUCACAGAGGUUGUCGAUGUUCUGACAGAGUGGGGUUCUAUGUAUGUUUUGACACGUGAUGGACUCUUGCACGCUUUACACGAAAAGUGCACGCAAACCAAAUUGGAGAUGCUGUUUAAGAAGAAUCUCUUUGUUAUGGCCAUUUCUCUAGCAAAGAGCCAGCAUUUAGAUAGCGAUGGCCUUUCUGUGAUCUUUCGUCAGUAUGGCGACCACCUUUACAACAAGGGAGACCAUGAUGGAGCUAUCCAGCUGUAUAUUAGGACGAUUGGUAAGCUAGAGCCCCCUUAUGUGAUUCGAAAAUUUCUGGAUGCUCAGCGGAUACACAAUUUGACUGCAUAUCUCCAGGCUUUGCACCUGCAUUCUCUUGCCAAUGCAGACCACACAACAUUGCUCUUGAACUGUUACACCAAACUAAAGGACAGUGCCCGCCUAGAGGAAUUUAUUAAGGUUUGUGACACUGAUAAUGCAUUUUCAAUAUAAAUAAAAAUACCCUGCUGACUUCCACAAUCUCCAUGUGAAAUCCUGUUUGUGGCAAAUAGACGCAAUAAGCUUGUUCCAAAAUAAGUUUAUUUUAUUUUCCUUUUGAAAUUUCUUUAAAACAUUUGUAGCAGUCCUGUAAAUGUGAUGCUGCAGUUUUUAGGAAAGCAUGAAAUUAUACUGAUUAUCUCUUCACCAUCCUGUACAGAAGUGUCUUUCUUCUGUAAAUGAUUUACAUAGAAACUUUUUACCAACAAAUACUAUUUGUGUGUACUUAUCAUGAAACUCAUUCACAUGUCGACUUUAUAACUCUUGUCCUUAAUGUAACCUUCAUAGUGUUGUCAGUGUUUUAGGAUCAACAUUACGUUAUUGGUGCUUUAUGUGUGUUGUGUGAGUAUGCUGCAUUUACUGUUAAAGUUAUUUCAUCUCCUGUACCUUUACUUAUCAGUUAAUUUUGUCACUUUUAGGCCACAUUUUAGAAUGUGGGCUUUAUUAAGCUCUAAACUCACAUUUUGAUAAAUCUGCUCCUAAAAGGCCCCAUACAUGCACCGAGUCGCCAGCUUAUUGGCCCGUGUGGGGCCCUCCCCACAAUUGAUA